AUGGUUGUACGUACUUUAACUGGCAAUAAUACGCCCGAAGCAGUCCAAUCGGAAAACGGCGCGGACGAUUUUGGACGUCGUGCGGUGGGUUUGGUGGCCUCUGAGCCCAUCACUUGUUUUGGUGUGUCGCCGCCGGUUCCUGGUCGUACCGACUCGCCCAGCCGAGUGCUCCUUAGACACGAGCGAAUGGUUGGAAGGGGGAAUCUUUCUAAUGCUUUGCGUGAAGAGAGUGGUCCGCUAUCGGAGGUGCUGAACAUUAACGCCCAUCAUCGCUCGCAGGGGAAAUCCCCCGCACCGCGGUGUCCCCUUAGAACAACGGACACCCCGGCUCACUGCGAGCGUGAGCCGGUUGCGGGCCCCGUGGGUCGAUUGGGGCUAGACGUUGCUCAUCAGUCAUGCCACGGUGAGCAUGGCCCUUCUGCGUCAGGAGGAGAAUUCAAUUCGGAAGUGGACUUAUCCACCGUGCCCCGUAGCGAAUACGAGCGUGUUGAGCGUGAGCGGCGCCGCUACGUCAAGAUGUAUGAGCAUCAGAAGACUCUUUACGAGGAGAUGUCGGCGCGACAGGUGGAAACUUACAGGGAACUACAAGAAAAGAUUAUCGAGGUGGUGGCCCUCUCCACUCGUAACGAGGAGAAUAAGCGACUAAUACGGCAGCUGAAAUGCGAAAUGUCCGACAACCGAGCGCGAAUGAUGGCCGUUCAAAACCGUGCAUUGGAGGAAACCAAGCUGGAGAAAAGUGCCAAGGAGCAGUAUGAGCUGCAGCUGCGCGAGAACGCCGAAAAACACAACUCUCUGAUGGAGCAACAGAAGACCAAGAUAGCGGGUCUUGAAAGUCUUCUGAAGGAUAUAACAGCCUUGAAGGGGGAGAGUGAGCAACUUCAAGUUUUCCAACUCGACGCACUGCUGAAAGCGGCUUACGCAAAGAACAGUGCUCUCUUUGGUGAUAUGUUGCGGCAAGGGAAGCAAAUUGAUAUGCUUUUCCGCGACAAGGCAUCACUUGAGCAACAGCUGGAGCAGGAGCGCCGGGAAAAGCGCGAGCUGGAAGAGCAAUGGGCAGAGGAGCGGUACCGUGUCCUGGACCAGAUGGCACGGUGUACCGCGCAGAUCGCGGAGCAGCAGCGUUCUAUCCUCGGUUUGCGACAGACGCUGUCACGCGGUCCCGCUUCUACCGGGAUAGGUUCAUGGGAAGUUGAACACAGUAAUCAGGAAUAUUGUGACGACGGAACGGACAGUACCAGUAGCGGUUCUUCAGACUCGAGUUCGGAUGACUGUGUGGACCCCUGUAAUGAACUUGCUGAGACUCACGACGAUCCCUACGCCAUUGGCGGUAACCGUGAGGUGAAAAGGGUCCUAAUGUCAACAGAUGAAGUGCUUGGUUCGACAUCGCCGCAGAAAAGCAGGAAAGAUCGAGUUAUCUGGGACCGGGUUUGA